UAUAAAAAAAUACAAAGAAAAAAACCUUUCCUCUCUCAAAUUUCUCUUCUCCUCCACCACUACGACCGUAACUCUCUAUAAAUUUUUCGUUUUUCUUGUAAAAGAGGAAAAUCCCAUUUUUUUAAGAUAAAGGAAGUAAUCCAACUUCGAUUUUUCUCUCAGGAGGAGAAAUCUAGGAAAGUGAAGUUAGUUUGAUAUGGAAGGAGAGACACAAGUCAGUUCAGAAGUUCCAGUUGUGAAGGGUGAUCCUGAUGUUGCUGAUCUUAUUAAGCUUACAAAUGGAGACUUGACGCAUGUAGAAAAGGAAGGGAGGAAGGAAGAGGAUGAAACUGAUGGAGAAUUCAUCAAAGUGGAGAAGGAAUCACUUGAUGUGAAGGAUGGUGGUUCUCAUACCGCUGAGGUGAAAUCUGCUGGGGAGGCUGAUAAGCCAUCUGUCGUGGAAAGAAGUUUAAGCGGUUCGACCAGAGAAUUGCUAGAGGCCCAAGAGAAGCUGAAGGAACUUGAGCUCGAAUUGGAAAGAGUAUCCGCAGCAUUAAAGCAUUCUGAAUCCGAGAAUACACUGCUGAAGGAUGAUGUCUUGCUGGCCAAUGAGAAGUUGGAUGAAAGUGGAAAGAAGUAUGGAGAGCUUGAAAUCAGUCACAAGAAAUUGCAAGAGCAGAUAAUUGAAGCUGAGGAGAAAUUUAGUGCACAGCUCCACACUUUGCAAGAAGCUUUACAAGCAAAAGAAACCAAGCAUAAGGAAUUGGUUGAGGUUAAGGAAUCAUUUGAUGGUAUCACCCUUGAACUCGAGAAUUCAAGAAAGAAGAUGCAAGAGUUGGAGCAUGAGCUGGAAGUAUCUUCUGGUGAGGCAAAGAAGUUUGAGGAGCUGCACAAAGAAAGUGGUUUGCAUGCUGAAUCCGAGACGCAGAGGGCCUUGGAGUUUGAAAGGCUGCUUGAGGCGGCAAAACUGAGUGCAAAAGAAAUGGAAAAUCAGAUGGCUACUCUUCAGGAGGAAGUCAAGGGCCUGUACGAGAAGGUUGCAGGGAAUCUGAAAGUUGAAGGGGCACUUAAGAGCACGACAGCAGAACUUUCAGCAGCUAAUGAAGAGUUGGCUGCUUCAAAAUCACAGCAGCUGGACAUAGAGCAAAGACUUUCUUCAAAAGAGGCUCUCAUCGGCGAACUGACCCAGGAAUUGGACCUCAAGAAAGCUUCAGAAUCUCAGGUGAAGGAAGAUUUCUUGGCUCUUGAGAAUUUGCUCACUGCAACUAAAGAAGAUCUUCAAGCAAAGGUUUCGGAGAUGGAAGGCAUGAAGCUGAGGUUGCAGGAAGAAAUCAACACAAGGGAAUCAGUUGAGGCUGGGCUUAAAACCCAUGAAGCACAGGUCGCAACUGUACAGGAAGAAUUGGCUAAAGUACUGAAAGAAAAAGAAGCUCUAGAAGCAGCCAUGGCGGAUCUCACAAGUAAUGCAGCACAGAUGAAAGAGUUGUGCGGUGAGCUUGAGGAAAAGUUGAAAACUUCAGAUGAGAAUUUCUGUAAAGCAGAUUCUCUUUUGUCCCAAGCUUUGUCAAACAGUGCAGAGCUAGAACAGAAGUUGAAGUUUCUGGAAGAUCUCCACAGUGAAUCUGGAGCUGCUGCAGCAACUGCCUCUCAAAAGAACCUGGAGCUUGAGGAUUUAAUCCGAGCUUCAAAUGAAGCAGCAGAAGAGGCAAAAUCACAACUGAGAGAGCUUGAGAUACGGUUCGUUGCAGCAGAGAAGAAGAAUGUGGAACUUGAGCAACAGUUAAAUUUGGUCGAACUAAAAAGCAGUGAUGCUGAGAGACAGGUGAGAGAAUUCUCAGAGAAAAUAUCUGAACUCAGUACUACACUGAAAGAGGUAGAGGGGGAAAAGAAUCAGUUGAGUGCCCAGAUGGAGGAAUACCAGGAAAAGAUAAGCCACCUUGAAUCUUCCCUGAAUCAAUCAUCAUCUCGGAAUUCAGAACUUGAGGAGGAGUUGAAAAUUGCAAAAGAAAAAUGUGCUGGGCAUGAGGACCGAGCAAAAAUGCACUAUCAGCGCAGCCUUGAACUUGAAGAUUUGUUCCAGACAUCUCAUUCCAGAUUAGAGGAUGCUGGAAAAAAGGCAAGUGAGUUUGUGCUGUUGCUUGAAGCAGAAAAGUACCGAAUCAAGGAACUUGAAGAGCAGAACAGUGCAUUUGAAAAGAAAUGUGUGGAUGCAGAAGCAGAUUCCCGUAAAUACUUAGAUAAGAUAUCUGAACUAGCAUCUGAAAUUGAGGCUUACCAAGCAAAGUCAUCAAGCCUUGAAGUUUCGCUGCAGAUGGCUGGGGAGAAGGAGACAGAGCUAACAGAAUUACUGAAUUUGGUCACUGAUGAAAAGAAAAGGCUGGAAGAGGCAUCAAGCAGUUCCAAUGAGAAGCUGAGUGAAGCUGAGAAUCUUGUGGGAGUGUUGCGUAAUGAAUUGAUCGUGAUGCAAGAGAAGUUGGAAAGCAUUGAAAAUGAUCUAAAGGCUGCUGGAUUGAAAGAAAGUGAUAUAAUGGUGAAGCUCAAAUCUGCAGAGGAGCAACUUGAGCAACAAGAGAAAUUAUUAGAGGAAGCCACUUCUAGAAAGUCAGAGCUUGAGUCAUUACACGAAGCCCUAACAAGGGAUUCAGAAAUCAAACUUCAAGAAGCAUUAACAAAUUUCACUAACAGGGAUUCUGAAGCAAAAUCCCUGUUUGAGAAACUGAAUACCCUUGAAGACCAAGUAAAGGAAUACAAGGAGCAGAUAACUGAAGUAACUGGAAGGUCUGCACUUUUGAAGGAAGAAUUGGACUUGUGCUUGUUAAAAAUGGUAGCUUUGGAAACCUCCAAUGAAGAACUCAAAAGUCAGAUAGUGGAAGCAGAAACCAAGUUUUCCAACUCCUUCUCAGAGAAUGAACUCUUAGUUGAGACGAACAAUCAACUGAAAAGCAAGAUUGAUGAACUUCAGGAAUUGCUAAAUUCUGCCGUUUCUGAGAAGGAAGCCACAUCUCAACAACUUGCUUCUCACGCAAGCACUAUCACAGAACUAACAGACAAGCACUCAAGAGCCAUAGAACUUCAUUCUGCAACUGAGUCGCGAAUGAUGCACGCUGAAACACAAUUACAAGAGGCCAUUCAGAGCCUCACUCUGAAGGAUGUAGAAACGAGAGAUUUGAAUGAGAAGCUAAAAGCACUUGAGGGGCAAGUAAAACUGUAUGAAGAACAGGCUCAUGAAGCAUCCACAAUUUCUGAAUCUCGAAAAGGCGAGCUGGAAGAGACUCUCCUGAAAGUAACACAUCUGGAAACUGUUUUAGAGGAACUUAAAACAAAGUCAGGUCACUUUGAAAAAGAGAGUGGUGUGCUAGCUGAGGAUAAUUUGAAGCUCACUCAGGAGCUAGCCUCAUAUGAGUCCAAACUCAGAGAUUUAGAAGCAAAACUAUCUACAAUCCUUUCUGAGAAGGAUGGAACUAUUGAGCAGCUUCACAUUUCAAAGAAGGCCUUUGAGGAUUUGCGGCAGCAGCUUACUGAUGAAGGGCAGAAAUUACAGUCUCAGAUAUCUUCAGUUUUGGAAGAGAGCAACCUGCUCAAUGAAACAUAUCAACAUGAAAAGAAGGAACUUCAGUCAGUGAUCAUUCAGCUCGAGGAAGAACUGAAGGGACAGAAGGCCAAUGAAGAUGCCAUGAAAUCUGAGAUUGAAAGUCUCAAGGCUGAGGUUGCUGAGAAGUCAGCAUUGCAAACUUCUCUCGAGGAACUUGAAAAACAAUUGACGACUGCUGCAGUUGAACUAAAAGAACAGAAAGAAGCAAAUUCUCAAAAGCUGGAAAAAGAAGCAGCUCUGAAGAAAUCCUUUGCAGACCUUGAAGCCAAGAACAAAGAAGUGUCACAUCUAGAGAACCAAGUGAAGGAACUUGAGCAGAAACUGCAAGAGGCUGAUGCUAAAUUAUUGGAAAAGCAGGGUGAUGGAAGCAGUCCAGCUGAACAGAAAGGAGUAGAGAUCAAAUCCAGAGAUAUCAGCGCCGCCAUUUCUACUCCCACAAAAAGAAAGAGCAAGAAAAAGUUAGAAGCUGCAUCUGCGCAAGCCUCAUCCUCUUCUGAAACACAUACUCAAACUGCCGAUGUUUCGCCUGCCAUGAACUUUAAAUUCAUCUUGGGAGUGGCCUUGGUAUCUAUCAUCAUUGGUGUAAUUCUUGGGAAGCGUUAUUAGUUUUGGCAUUUUGGAUUUUGGUCCUGCUCAAUGCUUCAGGUUUUUUUGCCCUUUUUCUUUAAAAAAAAUUCCUUGUUCCGUUCCAGUUUAUACAUAAGAGGUUGGAAGCUGUAUUAGUAUGCUUUCUAGAUUAGGUUUUUGAGCAGUGGUCAGGAAUUUGUUUUCUUUAUUAUCCCUUGCCUCAAUCCAUGUGACAGAAGAAACGUUCAAUUCAUGUAAUAUUCAAGUUUGCAUUUAUUAGUUUAUUGAUUGGAUGUAA